AUGUCGCUAGACCUGGACAUCUGCGAGAUGGUGCUGGAUCAUCUCGAUUCUCCCUCCGACAUAUCCGCGUUCAUGCGCUCGUGCAAGCUGUUCUCCAUCGUGGGCGCGCGGCGCCUCCUCCGCCAGGCUGGGGUCACGCUCCGCACAGCGGCACACCUCGACUCCUUCUGCCACUUUAUGCUCCGGGACCUUGACAAGCGCGCCACAGCCCUCCACCACCUCUUUCUCUGUGUCGAGCUCCGGAUUGCGGAUGUCGAUGAUACGGAGGCCGCAGAGAAGGAGGAGGAGGAGGUGCGCAGGGGCGCCGCGCUGCUCGUCCGCGUGCUGCGUCGGGCGACCGGACUGCAGCACCUCGCCAUCUACUUCUGCGAAGAGCUGCUGCAGCGUGAAGAGGCCCUCGUGGACGCGCUCGUCAGCCUCGAACACGUCAAGCAGCUCAUCAUCUACUCGUACGGCAUCCGCGCGCACGACGUCAUCACCGGCAUCCGCUCGCCCCUUGUGCAUGUGAACGUCGACUGCUACACGAGCACCGAGCAUGACAUCGACCUUGCGCAGACACUCGCACGGCACCGUAACACGCUCGAGACGGUCACGGCGUGGGGCGUCAACCUCACGGCCCAGUUCCUCGCGCGGGACGGAGAACACAACGGGAUCGUAUUCCCGCGCGUGCACGCGCUGAGCAUCCGCUCGCCCAUCGCGCUCGACCGCGCCGCGCUCAUGUACGCCUUCCCGAAUGUGCGCACCUUCGAGGUCGCGGGCGUGCGCCUGGACGCGCGGGACCCUCGAGUGACCAUCAGACAGCUGGUCGUUGCGAACCACAGAGUGUAUGCGGCGUGGGCCAAGCUCGAUCACUUGUGUGGCGACGUGUACGCGCUGUUCAUGCUUGGGCUGGGCCGAUACGCCGUGCGGCGCGUCGACGUGGAGUGGGACGUGAAGGGCUGGGACUCCCUGCUGGCCGGUCCCCUGAUACGCGCAAGACCGACGCAUCUCGUGCUGCACUGGGGCUUCAAGGGCGGUGACCUGGACUAUUGGGAAACGGUGACUAGACUGCUUAGAAAGUUCACUCGUGAUGUGACGCACCUCGGGAUCGAUCUGCAUCCGAAGUCGCAUGAGCUAAGUGACACUAUGAAUCCGCUGAUGAUCGUGAUGAAGGGAUUGAACCUUGCGUUUGUCGCAGUGCGGCUGCGCGCGCUCCCCCAGGGAGGCCGCAGAUCUUUGCUCUCCAUCGAGGGUUCCGACGGGGAAAUUGAGGCCUCCGAGCUCUCGGACUGGGUGGACAAGAUGGCGGAGGCGUCGCCCGCGCUGCGGUAUGUCUCGUUCGAUCUGGAUGGACACCCACCGUGCUAUUUCCAGGUACUCGCGCCGGAGAGGGGCCGGGAGCUCACCGUGGGGCUGCUUGACCCUCAUGAGGGGGAGGCCGUCGUGCGCAAGGAAGGCAUGGAGUGGCGGCGUCGCGAGCCGGAGCCGCCACGGUUUGAGGAGAGGAGUAUUCCUCCGGCUGAGGCGGGUCCAUGGGUGUUGAAAGGUCGGCGUUUUGUAUAG